ACACAGCCAGGCAAGCCUCCUUCCUCCGCGGGAAUAACAGCAGCCCCUUCUGCAUGGCCCACCUGGGAGCCCAUUUCGCAUUUCGAUCCCGCUGGCAGAAGACCGACGAUGAACUCUGUCGACACAGCAUGUCCUUCAUCCUUCACAAAGCCAUUCGUGAUGACUUCUUUCAGAGCUAUCUCUACCUGCUGGAAAAAAUUCCCCUGGUGAAACUGUAUGCUUUGACGAGUCAAGUCAUCAAUGGUGAGAUGCAGUUCUAUGCCAGAGCUAAACUCUUCUACCAAGAAGUACCAGCUACGGAAGAGGGUAUGAUGGGAAAUUUCAUUGAACUAUCCAACCCAGAUAUCCAGGCUUCUCGGGAAUUUCUUAGGAAAUUUGUUGGGGGGCCCGGGGGAGCCGGAACGGACUGCGCCCUGGACUGCGGCUCCGGGAUAGGACGGGUCAGCAAGCACGUCUUGCUGCCGGUUUUCAACAGCGUGGAACUGGUGGACAUGAUGGAGUCGUUCCUCCUGGAAGCCCAGAACUACCUGCAGGUCAAAGGAGAGAAGGUCGAAAGUUACCACUGCUACAGCCUGCAGGAGUUCACGCCCCCACUGGGGAGAUACGAUGUCAUCUGGAUCCAGUGGGUCUCCGGGUACCUAACCGAUAAAGACCUUCUUGCAUUUCUCUCCCGGUGCCGAGAUGGCCUGAAAGAACGCGGUGUCAUCAUCCUGAAGGACAAUGUGGCUCGCGAGGGCUGCGUCCUAGAUCUCUCUGACAGCAGCGUGACUCGGGACAUGGACAUCCUCCGGAGCCUCAUUGGGAAGAGUGGGCUGCAGGUGCUGGGCCAGGAGAAGCAGGACGGCUUUCCGGAGCAGUGCGUCCCCGUGUGGAUGUUCGCACUGCACAGUGACGCGCGCUCCUGA